AAGUUCAGCUCGAGGAAGAAGAUGAGUUCCUGGCCGCCUGGGCCAAGUUUAGCAGCCCAACGGCUACACGGCCCAUGAGUCCAUGAUCUGAUAUGGUCUUUGCUUUGCGAACAGCACAGUCCCAGCGCCCUAUCGUGAAUCGCCCAUUCCCUAAUUUGAGCGAAUACCUAAUUCGCCGGCGUCCGCUGACUCGGCGAGGGCAGGCGGACGGCGGCGGCACGCACGGCCGGCGAGCGAGCGGGCGGCGGCGGCGCGUAGUGGUGCAGCAGGCGGUGGCGCAGCGUAGGCAGUCGGCGGCCAGCGUGGGUGGACAGCGCCGCAGCAGCGCGCAGCAGGAGGGGCGCGGCGCAGGCAGUCUGCGGCUAGAUCAGGCUGGUUUGCUGCAACAUAUGGUUGACAAGAUCCCUGAUCAGUUUCUUUUGAACACUGCUAGCUGGAGGCUUUUGAUUCCUCAAUUGUAUCAUAAAUAUCCAGAUGAUGAUAUUCUACUGAAUAUUUCUGCAAUUUCACCUCCCUUUGUGAGGAUUACUGUUGGGUUGGCAGGAGCUGGACAAUGACUGGAUGAGCCCAAGAUGGAGUUCAUGAAGCAAUUUGAGGAGUUUGCUAGCACAUAGGUAUAAUUGCUUUGCUAUGUCUGUUCAAUGGAGAUCAUCUAAUUCUCCGGAAAGGAUUAGUUGAAAUCCCCUAAUUGUUUCCGGAAGACCAACAUACUUUCCUGGAGCUUUUUGGAGGUUAUAGGUUGUUUAUGCUUUGCUUGUCUACAUCCUUACACAAAUACUCUUUAAAAUAGUGUAGGCUUGCUUUGGCACGUCUGUUCAAUGGAAAUUAAAAAUAGUAUAGGCAAAAUUUUGAAGAUGUGAUAGCAAAGGAUGCUUAUGGUCGAAUCAGCUGACUUUACGUGUUUUCCUGCAUAGAUGAUUUAUUUUAUUCUUUGGUUAAAUCAGAUGUGCAUUUCAAUACUUCCAGGCACCUUGCGCUUUGGUAGGAUCGCAGGGACUUAAAAUUAGAAUCAGAAGGAAUUAGACUCUGGAAAGAGGAAGAACAGAUCUAUGUCGUGUUAUUCUGAUGCUAUUAAUAAUUAUUAGUUUCAGCAUUAA